AUGGGGAUUGACCUCAAUGACGUCAAGCCUUCUACUCGGACCCUGACAGGGUUCAACGGCUCGUCAGAAGUGAUCGCAGGCACAAUCCGCCUCUCGGUUCACGCAUGCGGGGUCACCCGGACAGUCAAGUUUUCUGUGGUCGGUUCCAAAGCCCCUUACCACGUUAUACUCGGCACCCCAUGGCUGCAUUCAAUGCGAGCAAUCGCAUCAACGUAUCAUCAGUGUGUUAAGUUCCCAGGAUCAGACGGAUCGAUCAAAACUCUGAAAGGCGAUCAGCAGGCCGCGCGUGAUCUCUUGAUCGCCACGGUUAAAAUCCAGCGCUCCCAAUCACUUGUCAACUCGGUCUCUCCUCCCACGAGCAAAGUCUGCCCGCAAAAGGAAGAGGUUCUCGAAGUACCAGUUGACGAGUCGGAUCCGAGCAAAUCAGUCCGAGUAGGCGCAUUUCUGCCCGACGAAAUGCAGCAGAAGAUUCUCGAGUUCCUUAAGCAAAACCUAUCCACAUUCGCCUGGACAAUGUCUGAUAUGAAGGGAAUCGAUCCGGCUAUCACAACCCACGAACUCAAUGUUGAUCCCAACUUCAAACCCAUCCGGCAGAAAAGAAGAAAGUUGGGACCAGAGCGAUCCAAAGCAGUCGCAGAGGAAGUCGAGCGUUUACUCGGUGCCGGUUCAAUCACUGAAAAGAAGAACGGUAAAUGGCGCGUCUGCGUCGACUUUACCGACCUCAACAAAGCGUGUCCUAAGGACAGCUACCCGUUGCCUAGCAUCGAUCGCUUAGUCGAAUCGACGGCCGGUAACGAGAUGUUGACGUUCAUGGACGCCUUCUCGGGCUAUAACCAGAUCCUGAUGCACCCAGACGACCGGGAGAAAACUGCUUUUAUCACCGAUCGGGGAACCUACUGCUAUAAGGUGAUGCCAUUCGGAUUAAAAAAUGCUGGAGCAACCUACCAGCGGCUUGUCAACCGAAUGUUCGCCGAGCAGCUUGGGAAGACAAUGGAAGUCUAUAUCGACGACAUGCUCGUCAAAUCGCUCCGAGCCGACGACCACCUAACUCACCUGAAGGAAUGCUUCGCCAUCUUAAACAAGUACGGGAUGAAGUUGAAUCCCGCAAAGUGCACGUUUGGCGUCUCCUCGGGCGAAUUCCUUGGUUACAUCGUCACGCAACGGGGAAUAGAGGCUAACCCGAAACAGAUCUCAGCAGUCCUGAACCUCCCCAGUCCGAGAAACUGCCGCGAAGUUCAAAGACUAACAGGACGCAUCGCCGCCCUUAAUCGCUUUAUCUCCCGAUCUACCGACAAAUGUCUUCCCUUCUAUGAUCUCCUCCGAGGGAACAAGAAGUUCAUCUGGGAUGAUAAAUGCGAGGACGCGUUCGUCCAACUCAAGCAAUACCUAACGACUCCUCCCGUCUUGGCCAAGCCAGACGUAGGAGACGUUUUGUCUCUCUAUAUCGCUGUCUCCUCGGCAGCCGUCAGCAGUGUCCUGAUCAAGGAGGACCGUGGCGAGCAGCCCGCCAAAUCUCAAGUCCUCGCCGACUUCCUUGUCGAGCUCACGCCAGAUCUUGCACAAGACCUCGAUGUCCCGAGUCCCAAUUGGAUUCUUCAUGUCGACGGAUCAUCGACGAGCAAAGGAUCCGGUGCUGGAGUCCAGCUUCAAUCGCCAACAGGAGAACUCAUCCGCCAGUCUUUCAGCUUCGGCUUCCCGGCCUCUAACAACGAGGCAGAGUAUGAAUCGUUGAUCGCCGGUCUUCGUCUCGCCCGAGCCGUCAAAGCCAAACGCUUGAGUGCUUAUUGCGACUCGCAGCUCGUCGCUAGCCAGUUUAGCGGCGACUACGAUGCUCGCAAUGAUAGAAUGGAUGCGUAUCUCCGAGUGGUUCAGGAGCUCGCUAGGGAAUUCGAUUUCUUCGAACUCACCAAGGUUCCCCGCGGAGAGAACGUUUGCGCCGAUGCCUUAGCCGCACUCGGGAGCAAACUCCACGAUCAGGUCAAAAGGACGAUACCCAUACAGCGGAUCGAUCGACCGAGCAUCGAUUCUUCCUCCGGCGAAAGCUCUCCCAUCGCUCCAAUCUUUGCAACAACUCGACGAUCCACCACCGAUCAAACCGAAACUGAGACACCGGAUCAAGCCGACACUGAGAUGCUCGAUCGUGACGACACCCCAGUCGAUUGGCGAGUCGAGUUCCUGGAUUAUCUCCUACGAGAAGAACUGCCAAAAGAUAAGUGGGCAGCGAGACGCCUGAAGAGACGCAGCGCCCACUAUGUCAUCAUGAACGACGAACUUCACCGAGUAACCGCGAACAAGGUUCUCUUAAAGUGCAUCCAGGGCGAUGAAGUACGCCGAGUAAUGGCUGAAACUCACGACGGAGCAGGAGGAAACCACUCGGGAGGCCGAGCACUCGCCCUUAAGGUUCGAAGCUUGGGAUUCUUUUGGCCGUCUAUGAACACUGACUGCGAGGCAUACGCUCGUCGGUGGGGGAUGGACAUCAUCGGGCCAAUGCCGACCUCGCGCCAACGUCGUUUCAUCCUGGUCCUCACUGAUUACUUCACCAAAUGGAUUGAAGCCGAAGCGUUCUCUCAGGUGACGGACAAGGAAGUCCGCACCUUCGUCUGGAAGAACAUCAUUUGCCGUCACGGUUUGCCGUACGAGAUCAUAACGGACAAUGGCUCUCAGUUCAUGUCCGGAAACUUCAAAGAGUUCUGCAACAA